AUGUCUCGAAAAACCGACUCUGACGCCGAGGAGAGGGAGCAUUUGUUGGGAGUGGGAGAUGACGGACUCCGCAAAAGCAGCUCCUCUAGAUUUCAGGUGUCUUUGACAGCAAAUGGAGGUGAAGAUUCGGGCACUGAGGAGCUGCAAGAUCAUCAGGGAAUCCGGAAGAAUAAGAGUGUCUCCGAGCCACCACCGCCGAUUCGAUCGAUCCAGGAAAGGAAAGCCAGCUCGACUGGGAGAUUUGUGGUAAACGGCGGCUCCGAAAGUCACUCGGAUGGCAAGGACGAGUCGACGCCUGAGGACGACGAAGCGCCGGUGAUGGGCAUGCGUCGUGGCGUUCACUUUUCCGUCGGCGACAAAAACGACGAAAACCCGGACCACAAAAUGACCACCCAUGAAGAAAGAGAGGGACAGCACACAUUCAAUUUGAAGAGCUGGAGAAACAUGAAAACGAUCGAGCAUCCACCGAUCAUCGAUUUCUAUCGGGAUUCGAUUGAUGUCGUUGACGUGAAUCGACCCUCGAUGGCUCAGCUCAUCCAUGGCCAAAAAACGAUCAAUGAGGAGAUUCUGGAGAUCGACGAGUUCAGGGCUCAAGCUUACGAUAUGAUUGAUCAAGGUGGACCGCCACCAAAACCCGAGAAAAUCGAGAAGUUAGCCCCGCCACCAUCAGCGCCAAGAACGAAAUUCGGCUGGGUUGAGGGCGUUUUCGUGCGCUGUAUUCUGAAUAUUUUCGGUGUCAUGCUCUACUUGAGAAUCUCGUGGGUGACCGGCCAAGCUGGAGUUUUGCUCGGCAUCGUCAUCGUCCUUUUAGCCUCGAUGGUCACGACGAUUACCGCAAUUUCGACGUGCGCCAUUUGCACGAAUGGCGAAGUGAAAGGAGGAGGCGCGUACUUUUUGAUCUCGCGCUCACUUGGCCCGGAAUUUGGCGGCUCGAUUGGGUUGAUUUUUUGUGUCGCAAAUGGGGUAGCCGCCUCAAUGUAUGUUGUCGGUUUUGCUGAAACGAUUCGGGAUAUGUUAGUUGAGAUCUCCUAUUCAAGCAAUGAGACAAAGACGUUUCUCGUGGAGCAUUUUGGGCCAAUCGAGGAUGGAUUACCGAAUUUCGUUCGACUCAUCGGAAUUGCGUCUUGCCUCCUCCUGCUGGCCAUUGUCUUCAUCGGCACGUCGUUUGAAUCGAAAAUGCAGAUGGGCUUAUUGGUGAUUCUGCUCUCGUCGAUUCUCGACUAUUUUGCCGGUGUUUUGUUCCGUCCAAUCAGUGAUCAUAUGCACGUUCGUGGAGCGACCACUUUCAGUUGGAACACGCUGAUGGCGAAUCUGAUGCCGAAAUUCCGGAAUGAAACCUUUUUCUCAGUGUUCUCCGUCUAUUUCCCUGCCGCAACAGGCAUCAUGGCCGGCGCAAACAUUUCUGGAGAUCUAGCUGAUCCGCAGGGCGCGAUCCCCCUCGGCACCCUUCUUGCCAUCCUUUUCACCACAAUUAUCUACCUCGUAGUCGUCAUUUUCACUGGCAUCACGAAUGUUAGAGAUGCUGACGGCCUGCUUGCUCCAUUAUUCGACGCGGCUGGCGAGUUUAUCGCCCCAAAUUGCACUCAAUCCGCUGAAGGUUGUCGCUACGGGUUGAUGAACUAUUAUCAAGUCGUCGAAAUGGGGUCGAUGUGGGGGCCGCUGAUCACCGCCGGCAUCUUCGCGGCCACACUCUCCAGCGCCCUAGCCAGUUUGGUCUCGGCACCGAAAGUCUUUCAGGCAGUAAUUCUCGCGUUGGCUGCGAUCAUGAUUGGUGACCUAAACGCCAUUGCGCCGAUCAUCUCGAACUUUUUCCUUGCCUCGUACGCGCUGCUCAACUACGCCUGCUUUGAUGCCUCGUUCGCCGAUUCGCCAGGUUUCCGUCCCGGCUUCAAGUACUAUAGCAUGUGGAUUUCGUUAGCCGGCUCGAUUCUCUGCAUUUGCGUCAUGUUUCUCGUGAGCUGGGCAACCGCUCUGCUCACCUUUUUCUUCUUCGCCAUCCUCUUUUAUAUAUCUAUUGCAUCGAAAACCGGG